UUUAAAGCGGAACCAAGGUUUUGGCAGACUCCUUUCGCCUUCAACCCUCUCGUGAGCUGUUGCUCUCGCGUCGCCCUUCGCUCCCCUAUCGCCAUCCCACCAUGGGUCACGAAGCGGUGUGGAACUCUCACCCUAAGGGCUACGGGCCCGGCUCCCGCACCUGCCGGGUCUGUGGGAACUCCUGCGGAAUGAUUCGCAAGUACGGCAUCAACACCUGUCGUCAAUGCUUCCGCAUCUACUCCAAGGAUAUCGGAUUUGUGAAGUACCGCUAAAGGGAUAUCGGAGGGGCUCGGCGAGCGAAAGACCUUAUGUAACCACUGUAGGUCACGCUAUUGGAAGGCAAAUUGAUUGUGAUUGUGGAAUCCACUAACAUAAAGCUUUGACCAAUUUUGUGUUUUUCACAUUCAUGUCAUCACUGUCGAUCAUGGUUCGUGAAAUACAAAACUAUCUUCAGUAGUUACUUCCUAAUUA